AUGUGUUGCCGAGAACCAGAGUCGCCAGCGUGCGAAGACUCUGGAUCGAAGGUCAACCAUAAACGGAACCUCAGCAAUGGGACAUCUGAGCUCUCGCCACCCAGACGAUCCAAACGACAGAAAUCCACUACAAAUUUGAAAGAACUCUCUUCUCCAGAAGGCUCAGAGUCGGAGUCUGAAGAAUUUACUCCUGCAGUGAAAAAAGAGGCCGACAAGACACCUCCGGCUGAUACUGCCAAGGAUAAGAAAAAGAAGGCUCCAGUUAAGAAGGAGUCUGACGACGUCAAACCUAAAAAGGUGAGAAAGUCUAAGAAAGACCAAGAGCUUGAGAGAAUGCCUUUGGCACUGCGGACUAAGGGUCUGCGUAUGUUUGUUGGUGCUCACGUCAGUGCUGCAAAAGGUCAGUGUUCUCAACAUCUAUCGUGUCAAUUCAAUAAUAACCCCGAUGCGUAUCGAGCAGGUGUUUUUAAUUCCAUACAUAAUAGCGAGAAUAUUGGAGGAAAUGCAAUCGCCUUGUUCUUGAAGUCGCAGCGUAAAUGGGAGAACCCAGCUCUGCAGGACGAACAUCGCGAUGAAUUCCGUAAACUUUGCGCAGAAAAGGGUUAUGAUGCAUCCAAGCACAUUCUUCCUCAUGGUUCAUACCUUGUCAAUCUGGCCCAAAACGAUAAAGCCAAAGCCAAGCAAGCAUACACCUCCUUCCUGGAUGAUCUACGUCGGUGCGAGGCACUUGGAAUUACACUUUACAACUUCCACCCCGGAAGUACCAAUCAGACACCUCUGCCCGAAGCACUUGCCCGCCUGGCAGAGAUGCUAACACAGGCUAUUACCGAAACGAAGACCGUAGUUCCAGUUCUCGAGACAAUGUGCGGUCAUGGCAACACAAUCGGCGGCGCACUGUCCGAAUUCCGCGACUUGCUAGCUCUAAUCCCGGAAGAGCACCACUCCCGCAUCGGCAUCUGCGUCGACACCUGCCACAGCUUUGCAGCCGGCUAUGAUCUGACAUCCCCAGACGGAUUCAAAGCCUUCCUCGCCGAAUUUGACGAGCUAAUAGGAAUCAAAUUUCUCCGAGCUCUGCACCUCAAUGACUCAAAGGCACCGCGUGGAAGCAAGCGCGACCUACACGCCAAUAUUGGCACGGGGUUCCUCGGCCUGCGCGCGUUCCACAAUGUCAUGAACGAGCCGCGAUUUGAAGGGCUCCCUAUGGUCCUUGAGACGCCUAUUGACCGUGUUCCGGGAAAGAAUGCAGCCAAUGGAGACGAAGCAGAUGAUGGCAGUGAGAGUGACACUGGGAAGAAUAAACCGACAAAGAAGGGCCCCAAGAGACCUGCUGGUGCGGGUGCCGCUGCUGUUCCCGAUCCAAGUGUGUGGGCAGGUGAGAUCAAACUACUCGAGUCGUUGAUUGGCAUGGAUCCUGAGGGUGAAGAGUUCAAGGCUCUUGAGGCUCGGUUUUCGGAGGAAGGUCGUGCGGAGCGCGAGAAACACCAGGAUCAGUAUGAUCGUAAGCUCGAGGCAGAUGAGAAAAAGAAAGCGAAGGGGGCGGGAAAGGCCAAGGGACAGAAGAGUCUUAUGGACAUGAUGAAGAGUGGCGCUACGAAGGAGUAA